AUGAUAAGGCUCUGUUCAACUUCCCUACAUUGUUCCAUUGCCAUCAUCAACUCAACUGAGAUUGGAAAUUGGAAACAAAAUAAUACCAGUGAUAAUAAGUUCAAGUAGAUUGAGAACGGAGAUGGAGAAAGCCACAAACUCCCAAUCAUAUAUUCGUCAAUAUUUGCUGCAAAGUGAAGAGUUAUACAAGUAUAUCCUAGAGACCAGCGUUUACCCUCGAGAACCAGAGCCUCUCAAGGAGAUAAGGGAUGUUACGGCCAGCCAUCCAUAUGCUAGGAUGGGUACUACACCAGAUUCAGGUCAGUUAAUAGCCUUGCUCUUGAAGCUAAUUGAUCCCAAGAAAACAAUCGAAAUUGGGGUUUUUACAGGAUAUUCUCUUCUCCUCACUGCUCUUACCAUUUCGGAGAAUAGUAAGAUUGUGGCCAUUGAUAUGGAUCGUAAAGCAUAUGAGAUAGGAUUGCCCGUGAUUAAAAAAGCUGGAGUUGAUCACAAGAUAGAGUUCAUAGAAUCGGAGGCUCUUCCAUUUCUUGAUCAGUUACUACAAGAUAGUAGAAAUGAAGGGAGUUUUGAGUACGCUUACGUGGAUGCGGACAAGGAUAAUUACUGGAAAUACCAUGAGAAGUUAAUGAAAUUGUUGAAGAUUGGAGGGGUAGCCGUAUACGAUAAUACGCUCUGGAAAGCAACAGUUGCAAUGGCUGAGGAGCAGGUUCCAGAGCGGCUAAGACCAGCCAGGCAGGCUGCUUUGGAGACCAACAAAUUACUUGCGGCUGAUCCUCGUGUCCAACUUUCUCAUGUCCCUGUAGGUGAUGGCCUCACUAUUUGCAGGCGUAUUUCCUGAACUCCACGUCUUUGCUUAGUCGGUGGCCUAGAAUAAAACUUCGAUGAUAUCUCAAUGUAUUACAUAAAAAUUUUAUAUUUAUAUUAAUUG